AUGAAAACGUUCAUUGGCCACUUCCAAAGUAAGAAGAAGAACACAAAGACGCAACAGCCGAAUAUUGCCACAAACAUACGUACAUGUUUAAGAUUCCUCAUUCUCACGCACACUCAAUAUUUAUUAUUUAAACAAAAUGAAAGAAUAAAAAACGAUUUUAUGUUCAUAACGCGAAAAGAAUAUCCACGAGCGCACUUGUGGCAGCUUUGGUUUUCGAAAGAAGAUUUUGAUCAGCACUUUGUGUGA